GCCGGCUGGAGUAGCGACCUGAGGAUCUGAACACCGGAAGUGAUACCCCGGGGAGGAGUUAAAGGGCAACUGGUGUUAGGCUUCUUAGCAUUGCUGGUGCAAGGUUUGCAAGAAUGGAAAUCACCAGGACCAAUUUUAAGGACCAGUUACCGAAAGUUUAUCAAGCGAUUGAAGAGGCAGACUUCUUAGCUAUUGAUGGCGAAUUUUCAGGAAUAAGCGACGGCCCAUCUGUUAGCACUUUAACAAAUGGCUUCGACACACCAGAAGAAAGAUAUCAGAAGCUGAAAAAGCACUCAAUGGACUUUUUACUCUUUCAAUUUGGCUUAUGCACUUUUAACUAUGAUAACACAGAUGGAAAAUAUUUGAUAAAAUCCUUUAAUUUUUAUAUCUUUCCGAAGCCAUUUAACAGAAAUUCUCCAGAUAAGAAGUUUGUUUGUCAGAGCUCAAGUAUAGACUUUUUGGCUAACCAGGGUUUUGAUUUUAAUAAAGUUUUUCGUAAUGGAAUUCCGUAUUUGAAUCAAGAGGAGGAACGACGGUUGCGAGAUCAGUAUGAAGACAAGCGCUCUCAAUCCAACGGUUCAAGCGCAACAUCUUAUAUAUCUCCGAAUGCUCCAAAGACUCCUGUAAACAUACCUGAUGAGCAGAAGGGUUUUAUUGAAAAAAUCGUUGAACGCGUGGAAGACUUUUUAAAAGACGAAAAGAGGAAAAGCUUAGAUUUGGAGCCUUGUACUGGGUACCAGCGGAAGCUUAUAUACCAGACGCUGAACUGGAAGUAUCCAAGAGGUACUCAUGUUGAGACUCUGGAGUCAGAAAAGAAGGAGAGAUAUAUAGUCAUCAAUAAAGUUGAUGAAGAGGAGCGUAAGAAAAUCGAACAGGACAAGCAAGCAAAGGAGCAGGAAGAACUAAAUGAUGCAGUGGGAUUUUCUCGGAUCAUCCAUGCAAUCUCAACAUCGGGUAAACUUGUGGUUGGACACAACAUGCUAUUGGAUGUUAUGCACACUAUUCACCAGUUCUUCUGCCAGCUGCCCGAUGAUUUAAAUGAAUUUAAGGAAGUAACAACUUGUGUCUUUCCAAGAGUGUUGGACACAAAGCUUAUGGCCAGUACGAAUCCAUUUAAGGAAAUUAUUUAUAACACAUCCCUUGCUGAACUGGAAAAGAGAUUGAAAGAGCCUCCUUUCAAACCCACGAAAGUUGACAGUGCUGAUGGAUUUCCGAGCUACAACACUGCCUCAGAACAGCUACAUGAAGCUGGCUAUGAUGCCUACAUCACCGGACUGUGUUUUAUCUCCAUGGCCAACUAUCUAGGAUCGUUUCUAAGUCCCCCUAAAGGCUUUGUAUCGGCUCGUUCAAAGAUCAUCCGGCCAUUUUUUAACAAGCUGUUUUUGAUGAGAAUUAUGGACAUUCCUUAUCUCAAUUUAGAAGGCCCGGACUUGAAUCCAAAACGAGACAAUGUUCUUCAUGUUGCUUUUCCAAAAGAGUGGAAGACAAGCGACCUUUACCAGCUGUUCAGUGCCUUUGGUAAUAUUCAAGUAUCUUGGAUUGAUGAUACAUCAGCAUUUGUAUCUCUAAGCCAGUCAGAACAGGUUCAAAUAGCCGUUAACACCAGCAGGUAUGCAGAAAGUUAUCGAAUCCAGACAUAUGCAGAAUAUGUUGAGAAAAGGAAUGAAGAAAAUAAAGCUAAAAGAAAAUGGGCUGAAGAUGGCUGGAAGGAUUUGGAGAGGAAGCGGUUAAAAACUCAGUACAAUUCAUACAUUUCACAGAAUCCCAGAGAUUUUUACAUGAACAGCUUUGCUGCCCCAAGUUCGUCUGUAAAAAGGAGCAUGAGCCCGAUCCAAGAGGAGGCCGUGUCUGAAGAUCCAGAUUCACACGCCAAGGAAGAAGAAACGGGUUCUGCUGAGCCCGCAGCGUCUGAGCAGCUGGAGGAGAAAGCAAAAGUUCACAAGCGCCAGAAAACAGACUCUUCACCAGCAGAAUGCAGUAACAGCAGCUCCUCUGUUCUGUUUGAAGUUCCUGACACUUGGUAGCAGUGGUGAUCUCAAAACAAGAUUUGGAAGCCAUAAAUAACUUCAUUUUGUGUCUAAGAUAGCCAUGCAAAUGUUGUCUCGCAGCUACUUUCUCCAACCCUGAUACAACAUAAUAAAAGCACAACUCACUGAUCACAUCAGCAUUGCUGUCUCUACAUAACUUAUCAUAAAAUAUAGCAAAAAAAGUAGUGGGUUAUUUAAAAAUAUUUAAUAUUUAAGUCAUCAAAACCCCUUCAGGUCAUUUAUUCUCCUGUGCUGGAUUUCACCAUCCAUUCCCUUUUACCUUGAGUUUUUUUUUUGUUUCGUUUCUCCU